UGCUCUAUUUCUGGCAGCACGCCAUUCCGACUAUUAGUUGUUCCCUGGAAUUGGCAAUACUAAGAAGUAUUGAAAGGAAUUUCUAGCCGCGCUUUCAAACAAAAAGCGCAUCUAGUUAUUCAUAAUUAUUCAUAUUACUCGUGGAAGGCGGUUGUGUUUUUUGUGAUUGUGAAAAGUGUAUUGUGAAAAAAAUCGAGUGUAAAUCAGAAGAUUAUACAUAAAAUAAAAGGAAAGGAAAGGAAGGAAAAUAUAACGUGAACUUUAAACAAGAUCAUACACAAAUUUGUCUACAAUCAAAAUUUAAGUUGCAAGUUAUAAAUAAGGCAUUGUAAAUUAAUAACUUUAUUUUAAGUAGUUAAAUACUAACUCACAUUUAACAUACAAUAUUUUAGUUAAAAUUAUGAGCAUAAAUAGAAAAACUCUUGCCAAUUUGAUGAGCAAGGAGAAUACACUGUUUAAAGCGUCAGUUGCAAAACAUAGAAAACUGAACGAACUUGCUCAUCAAAUGGAAGGUUAUACCAAUAGCAGUAAUAGUAAUAGAGUAGAUUGUUCUAAUGAAGAUAUGCCUAGUACCAGUAGAGCCGCCGGUCUUCAAAAUAUUUCUGUACCAAACGCAAACUUAUCAGAUAGUAGUAGUGAUGACGACGGAUUUUUAUUUGACUUUGGAGAAUUAGAUGAUAGGUUAAAAAAUGCAACUCCAACUUAUGACCGAAAUAUUGAGCUAAAAGCAUGGGCUGUUAGAAAUAAUAUAACACAAAGUGCAUUGACUGACUUACUGCAAACGUUGAAGAAGGUUGGGGUUGAAGGAAUACCUUUAUCCGCUAAAACUCUUUUAGGUACUAGUCGAGAAACAGUAGAUAUUGUAACAAUAGCAGGAGGUGAGUUACUUUUUUUGGGAAUUCAGUUUUUUUUUAAAUCAAAAAAUUUUGAAUAUUUGAAAGAUGUAGAUAAGGUUUAUAUAGACGUUGGAAUUGAUGGUCUGAAAGUAUUUAAAAGUUCGAAUCGGACAUUAUGGCCAAUUUUAGGUUCUGUUGUAGGUUUUCCUAAAGAGGACCCUUUCAUCAUUGGAUGCUUUCACCAUAUGUACUAUAUAUUUCGUUUGUAACAUCGAAAUUUCCCUUUUCAGAUGCCGGAACGUGGUGAGGUGCAAGCGCAAAGUAAGCUGUUGCGCGAAUGCAAAGUGCUGACAGCUAGGGUUCAACAGUCUGUCAGUUGCAUCACCGGGGACGCGGAAAGCGAGGAAUCCAUGGAACUUGCUGCCAUGUUUCCCGUAUUAUCGGUGGAGCAAGUGCAGGCUGUUGAAGCCAAGCUGAUAAAUAAAGCUUACGCCGACGCAAUGAUUGGGCUUCUGGCAAGAUCAAAAGGCACGAAAGGGACGGUUGACGGGAUUAUGCGUUAUCUUUUCACAGAUGACGCCAUGUACAGCUUCAACUUAGAAGGAAGAGCAGGAAAGAUACCACUUCUUAGACUUAAGGCGGUUGAACUUAUAUUUGACCUCUUUUCAGAAAAAACAAAAGAAGAUGUACAAGGCGCUAUUAGGAAGUAUGUUCGUUUAAGCCACAAUAGGUCUAACCAAAAAAAUAUAUUAACAGAAAAACUUCAAAUGUGUAAAUGUGUAAAUAUGUAAAAUCUUUAAAUAUGUAAAAUCUUGAAAUGUGUAAAUGUGUAAAUAUGUAAAAUCUUUAAAUAUGUAAAAUCUUGA